AUGUUGGGUGUCGGAGGUGGCCGGUCGGCGGUGUGCCGAGCAGUCAUCGCCACAUCGAUCGUGUGGCUUCUAAUCGAUGUCGUCGUGCUGUUUUACUAUUUAGAUUCUUCACCUGCACAAACGGAGCCAGGAAAGUUUUUAACGCGAGGUGAUCGAUCAAUUGAUUCAAAAGCCGAAGCACUGAAGCCCGCGCAAUCAGGUGUAAUUAGGCCAACACCCAAAAAAAUUCAACAUAAACCGACGUAUGACCCUGAAACUGGGCGACGUCUCGCCGAAUUAAUGUCGGUUCAAGCAUUUGCCCCCGGAUUUCACGGCCAAGGAGGCACUGGAGUAGUGGUACCCGAUGAGAAGAAAAGCGUCAAAAAUAAACGAUUCCUCGAGAAUCAGUUUAAUGUCGUUGCUUCGGAAAUGAUCUCAGUAAAUCGGACGCUGCCCGAUUAUAGGAAUGCUGCGUGUCUAAGUCUGGCUGAACGUAUCGAUUCUAAUAAGCUCGUCAAAACCUCGAUUAUUAUUGUUUUUCAUAAUGAGGCGUGGACAACAUUACUAAGAACCCUUCAUUCUGUUGUAAAUAGAUCUCCGCUCCACUUACUUGAAGAGAUCAUUCUUGUUGAUGAUAAAUCAGACAGAGAUUAUCUGAAAAAACCGCUCGAUGCUUAUAUUCAGCAAUUUCCGAUUCCGAUUCACAUUGUUCAUCUCGAAGAUAGAAGCGGAUUGAUUCGAGCACGAUUGACCGGAUCGGAAAUGGCGAAAGGCAAAAUUUUGUUGUUCCUUGAUGCGCAUGUUGAAGUUACGGAGGGAUGGUUGGAACCGCUGAUUGCCAGAGUCGCAGAAGAUCGAAAACGUGUUGUUGCGCCGAUUAUCGACGUAAUUUCCGAUGAAACAUUUGAGUAUGUAACGGCUUCCGACACAACGUGGGGAGGAUUCAAUUGGCAUUUGAAUUUCCGCUGGUAUCCAGUGCCUAAACGAGAGCUUAUUCGUCGUGGAAAAGAUCGUUCUACUCCUAUUCAAACUCCAACGAUUGCUGGAGGAUUGUUUGCAAUCGACAAACAAUUCUUCUAUGACAUUGGAAGUUAUGACGAAGGAAUGCAAGUUUGGGGAGGUGAAAACCUGGAAAUCUCAUUUCGCGUUUGGAUGUGUGGAGGUUCACUAGAAAUCCACCCAUGUUCGCGAGUCGGUCAUGUGUUCCGGAAGCAGACGCCGUACACGUUCCCUGGAGGAACCGCCAAGGUUAUUCAUCACAAUGCCGCUCGAACUGCUGAAGUCUGGAUGGAUGAUUACAAGGCAUUCUUUUACAAAAUGGUGCCGGCCGCUCGGAAUGUGGAUGCUGGUGAUGUUACUCCGCGCCGAAAACUUCGAGAACAACUUCAAUGCAAAUCAUUCAAAUGGUAUCUUGAAACGAUUUAUCCGGAAGCUCCGCUUCCAUCGGUUUAUCAUUCUCUCGGCGCUGUGACAAAUCGAUUGGACCAGAAAUGCCUCGACACUAAUGGAAAGAAGGACGGACAACCGGCUGGAAUGCAAGCGUGUCACGGUGCUGGUGGAAAUCAGGCUUGGUCUUUAACCGGAAAAGGUGAGAUCCGAUCUGAUGACUUGUGUUUGUCAACUGGCCCCGCAUUCCAAUUGGGGUCCGAAUUGAGACUAGAGAAGUGUGCAGUUGGCCGUUUGAACCCCAAACAUAUCUUCAAAUAUAGUCCCGAGAUUGGUACUUUGAAACAUGUGAAAUCGGGAAAAUGCAUCGCCGCGAGUGCCGACAAAAUCAUUCUACAAGAUUGCUCUGACGACCGACCCGAACAAAAAUGGCAGCUUGAAGCCUACCAAGACUAG